AGGGGAAUCAAAAUGGUCCGCGUGAUCUACAGAUCACUGGGAGCCAAAACGAUCUCAUCAAAGUCCCCACCUGAAGCAAGCAAUUGAGUAUAUGGAAGCUUUAAGGUCACUGCAAUAACCGACAUUUUUCUAUGCAUCUCAGUGUCAUCAGCAUCUCCUUUCGACAUGUCGGAAGAGUAUAUAUCAGUGGACACCCGCUCUGCCAACCAUCAGUCAACCUGAGAACGACGCCAUGCAGUCACUUCUGGCCACCCUCCUCGUCACGCUCGGGGUGAGCGCCGCAACCAUCCUGCAGAAGGGUUCUUCCCUUCAUAGAGGGUCUUCCGUUCAUUCACCCAGUGCUGUUCAUUCAACGAGCACCGUUCACACAUCGGCAUUAGCACAUAAGUUCAGCUCAGCUGUAGCCUACUGUUACUCACAACCUCGGCAGGGAGGCUGCUGCCUCAGGCUGACCGAAAGUGUCCCAAACUUGGGCAUUUGCAACUUUAAUAACCUCAUUAGCAGCGUGCGACUCACUGGCUUCUGGAUGUUCUAUGAGAACAGCGAUUACAACGCCUUGCCGGGGAGGAUCUACUAUGGUUACGGUGAAGACGUCUCCUUCACCCUACCCUUAGCCUACCGCAACAUAGUAUCAAGUGUUCAGGUGAUCACAGAUUCGAUGACUAUGGCCGAUAAUUUCAUCUACUUCUUCGAGGGUCCUUCUUGCACCUUGCAGUCACACAAGAUGAAGACAAGCGAGGCGUCCUUUGGUUCUCUGUCAAACAAGUUUUCCUCGAUCCUGCUCAUUGGGAAGAGACCAUGGACUCUAUACACCGAGGAGAACUUCAGGGGGCGCCAUGUGUGUGUGUAUCCUAACAUCCAGUACUUCGCGAUGCACCAUCAGACGUCGUACGUUCACCACCACGAGUCCCACCAAUUCGGAGCAAGCUCAAGCUCAAACUACAGCGUGGGCAUCUACACUAACAUGACGAUGCUUGGCUUUGACACCACCAUCAUCAAGUCAUGUAAGAUGGGUUGCUUCUCCAAGAGCAAUGCUGAAGGCGGCAAGCUGUUUCUGGACGGCGCCGUCGACAACGGCGGCUGGGGAAGUCUCAUGUAACCACGUCACUGAAGACACUGCAAGGGAGCCUCCCACAAGUGGGCACCCCGUAUAUAUGAAUAAAUUCAGUUUUAAGAAACAUAUAAAUAUACUGUAGGACUCAUCAGCUUGAGUAAGAAAAAUAUUUCAAGUAAAAAAUAUUGGUUUGUAAAUGAGUGUGGAAGUCAGCCAGGCGGUAAUUCAGUAACAGUGUGUCAGUAACAGGUUCACUGUUUUCGUGAAUUGCUAGGACGCGUCCUGCAUGAAGAGAGAAGAAAAAAAAUAAUAAAAUAAAAAC